GCUCCCCGGUAAGAGAAGGCUAUGGAAUAGAUGGUCAGGCUCAGCUGCGUGACCUAACAACUAGAAACGGACUGAAUGAUCAAGAACGUGAAGUUCCCGCAGGGUCUUCAUCUAGACAGGAUUAUGAUAUACCAAGACAGUCUGUACUUCGGAAGACUGAGUCAAGCACUGCCAGCAGCAGUCGAGGGUGGGGCAGUCGCUCUUCUUCUCCUUCCAGGAGAGGCCAUGAAGCCUUUGCUCAAGGAAGGGACCACAAUGGUGGCUCAUUGAAUGGCCAUGUUCAUCAACAUGUGAACUCUUCACCUUCAAGGCAAAACUUUGAUGCUCGUUCUCAAUCUCAAAGACAUAAGACUGUGGUUACCAGCUCAGUCAAAAGCGGUGACACCAACAGUUCUUUGGCUUUGAGGGGAAGCUAUGAAGCUUCUGACAUUCACCCAUCUGGAAAUAUGCAAACUGGCAGCUCGUUUAACAGCAAGAAUCUGCACACAAGCCGCACCCCUUCUCCUUCCAGAAGAGGCCAUGGUGACCCUCCAGGCUACUCAAUCCUUAGAAGAGCCACCAAAGGAGACUCCAAUGGUUCUUUUAAGAGCAACGACGCAAACAGUGAAACAAAGCAUGACUCCCAUUCCUCUUCACACUCAUGGCGGGGAUCCAAACAUUCCCACCGCAGCUCCUCUUUAUCUCGAUCUGCUUCACCUUCUAGACAAACCCGGAAUAACAACAGAGCUGCCUGUGUUACUUUAGAAACACCUGAAACCUCUGGUAGCACGAGACACAGGACUAGUAGACAUGGCGGCGAUGAUGACCAACACGCUACUCGUGACGAGAGGUCCUUUCAGCGUGCACACCGCCUCUCUCCUCCACCUCAGAUACACAUUGAGACAUACACCUCCUCGCAAAGCUCUUUGGAGUCCUCUGAGUCAGGUCGGCUCUCUGUGGGAUCGACAGAACGGAACAAGGAGGGGUACGCUGGAAUGGCCGACCUGCCGAAGGUCAAAAUGGUCCAUCAGAAGGAGGGUCCGGGCAAUAUGGGACAGCCACCGAGUCAUCAGCCUGUUCGAAGACAGGAACUUUUUAAGCCAGCCAGCCACUCCCUGAGCAGGCAUCCCUCCAUAGAGUGGGAUGAUCCUGGGGAAACAGACAGAGACUGCCACUACGCGGGCAGCGGAUACCUAUCUCGAGCUCACUCCACUACGUCACUGCAGCCGCUCUUAUCCAGAGAUCAGGCAGUCCCACAGCAGAUGAGGGCAGUUCGUGGAAAAGUGAUCAUCGCAGAUCAGAAGAAAUGCAGGUAGGCGCUACAAGCCCGCAUGUUGAGUCGAUGUGGGUGAGUCACACAUUCAAUGGAAGCGGUGGAUUUCUGAUUGAUUGAUUUUUGUCUAUCACUAAUAUUUGUCAUGAGCGGAAUAACCCUGCACACUCACCCCUCUGUUGAUUUCGUAAUUUUUUAAUUUUCGCCCCCGAGCUCGUUUAAACAUCAUCUUUCUGUUUCGUAUUAGAUUGAUCCAGUCAUAACUCUGGGCUGUUGACCUUACAUGUACGGUGACGUUGAGCUCCCGUAAGCAGCUGUCUGUAUAGUGUGAUCUGCUGCUGGAUUCACCUACAGCGGUUUCAUAAGACUGACUUGAGUUUUGUCAGUUGUGGUCUGCUGGGGCAUGUGUUGAAAUUCCUGAAAUGAAACCAGUAGCUACAGAGGGUGGAUGUUACAGAGGG